CGUUACGUUCUAUGUUGUGAAACGGCGGAUAUCGUUGAGUCCCAUUAAUAGCUUUUAUUUAAGCUGUUUUCCGGUUUCUACACUUAGCUUAAAAUGAAAGGAAAAGAGGACGAAGAUUGUUUGUUUCUUGAGCACGUUUUGGAUAAACUUUACGAGUUUGAAGAUGGAGCAGCAUCCAAAAAGAAGCUCAAGAACAAAAGAAAAAGAUGUGAGGAAGAAGAGGAGUUGCCUGCAGUCACGAAUACCUGCAGUGACUCUGAAAACAACCGAGAGGAUCCUGCCGGAGCUGAGCAGCAGCAGCAGCCAUCGACUGAGCAAACAGAUCCAACCAUCAAGCGGCUGAGCCAUGUGAAGGUUGUGACGUUUCAGGACCCCAGAAAGAACCCGAAAACCAAACAGACCACAGCGCCCAGCAAAAUACCCAAGAUGACGGAGGAGAACGAGAGCGACCAGCUAGAAGAGCUCAACUUGGAAAAGACUCGUCUUGAGGUCCAUCGGUUUGGAAUCACGGGCUACAAGAAGGAGCAGCAGCGUGUGUUUGAACAGGACAGGGCGGUCAUGCUGGGAGCCCGACCUCCCAAGAAGGACUACGUCAACUACAAGAUGCUGCAGCAGCGGAUCCAAGACAAGAAGCAGAAGGCAAAAGAGGAGGUUCAGUCGGACCUGAAGAAAAGGAAGAAGCCGAAAAAUCAAAGGACCAAGAAGAGGAGGGUGUCCUCUACUUCCGGCUCGGCCCCCUCGGGUCAGGUGGGCCGCUUCAAGAACGGCAUGCUGGUCCUCAACUCCAAGGAUAUCCAGAAAGUCAAAGGCAACAAGGGACACAAAUAGGCGAGUGCAAAGGGACGCCGAGAUGCGGGGCCCCCGGAGUUCGCACACAUCCGUGUCGAGGAUUAAUGUUUCGCGGUUGAAAUGUGUGUGUUUGUGUUUGCUGGUGUGCGACUCCAUCCUCCAGGAGGGGGAAACACAAGCGGGCCAGAGGAAGAGCGGGCUUCCCAACACCGUCAGUGACUCAUCUCACUGCAGGACUGUUCGCCACGAGAGCACACCGUGAGCUGGGAGGCGGGUCUGCAGUAGAAUACAGGACCGUGUUACUGGAGACGAGAAUCCAAUUUACCGAUUCUCAAAGUGGACCCUGAAUGUGGCGGGCCGGAGAUGCACAAAACUUGAGACUUUGGUCAAAUCGUGUUCCAUCACAGUUAAUUUAUUUUCUUUUUACAAAUGACCCAAAAAAACAAAGACGAUAUUUGCGUUUCUUGUGUUUGACACGGUUUUUAAAUAAUGCAGUUUCACUUUCUCAUAUACAAACCAUGUAGUCGUACAAAACAUUUACAUUGGCAGCAAGGGAGGAAGGGAGGGGAUCAUAACCGUACAGAUGGGCGUAAUAAUAAAUUUAAAAAAGAAUGUACACAAAAGUCCUGGCAGAUGUUUGAAUGAAGAAAGACAGACGAACAUGAGAAGCUUUUCUCCCGUUCAUAAACCUCUGCAUGUAUGCACACGACUUCUUGACCGACCCGAGAAGCUGCGUUCCAGAUGGAAACGAUUCCACAUCUUUACAGAUAUUUAGUUCUGUUCAAGAGUGAAGCUGAUGGGUUCUGAGCGACGAUGGAGAAACACGAGGCGUCAUCUGGCAGUGUGCGGCCGAGUGAGGUCACAAAAUCUCACACCGUUUUUCUUAAAGCAGCUUCUUUUCUUAUUUAUAGACUUCAAAGAAGAAGAAGAAACGGCACAAAUAAAUAUGAAGUUUAUCUGCAGCACAUUGUUUCAAUCUGUAAGCAAAUACUUAUAUUGAGAUUAGAGCCUUUUUUUAAAAACCUUUAACCCAAUAGACCAUAGACAAUAUAUAUCAGUCGCCAUUUGACUUCUAUAGUAUAUCCAAUUGAAGAGAGCAAUAUACAAAAGGAAAAAAAAUAAGCUAUUUACACAUUUUAUAGAGUAAAUCUGCAAUUCUUUCAGUUGAACCGCUUACAGCGGGGACGUGCUCUUUCCCCCAGCACCAUAGCGUGAAGUUAAAUGAAAUCUCUCAUUCAUGGGUGGGUCACAAUACCAUUUUGAGACAGGAGUGACCACAAUGUGACUUAAAAUGUGUGCUUUUUGCAACAACAACAAAGAAGUAUUGUUUUGAUAUUCAUUCACCAAAUAACUGCAGAAAGGAAAAGGCGUGACCUCAUUUGACCUGAUACACGGUCUGGCUUCCUGAAUGAACCUCCACCGAACACCUUGAGCUUCUGUUCCCUCCGGUCACGAAUCAUCUGGACUCUCAGGCGACGGGCACGCAUCCCCCUCUGCUUCUGUGAUGGAUGUCUCACUUGGCCUGUGGGCCUCUAAUCUAUUCCUGGUUACAGCAAAGUCCACCUCGGGGGGGGGGGGGGGGGUCAGAGCCGAGCAGCCUCUGGUGAAAAGCUGUCCGUCUGGGGCACGUCGGGAUAAAUUCUCCUUUGGGUGAUGUUUGUUUUCUGGGUCGGGAGCAACGGGUUCAAGUCCUGAUUUUGACACUAAUGGUGCGUUCAUGUCAUGUGGGAAAGAUGGUAAAACGUAGGCGUAGUUUAAUUCGUUAGACCAUGUUCAUAAUGCCAAUUUACAUUCAAAUAAAAAUGAUUUUCACAUGGA